UUUGCUGGUUGUCACUCCUCUAUGGGAGUCUACUGUUGAUAAUGGUGCCAGCUGUUUUUUUUCGCUUUUUUUCACUUUGUGGGUCUGGGGGCCUUUUGCUGGUUGUCACUCCUCUAUGGGGGUCUACUGUUGAUAAUGGUGCCAGCUUUUUUUCGCUUUUUUUUCACUUUGUGGGUCUGGGGGCUUUUCUUGCUGGUCCUCACUCCUCUAUGGGAGUCUACCAUUGAUAAUGGUGCCAGCCUUUUUUUCGCUUUUUUUACUUUGCUUUUGCUGGUCCUCACUCCUCCAUGGGGGUCUACCAUUGAUAAUGGUGCCAGCCUUUUUUCGCUUUUUUUUACUUUGCUUUUGCUGGUCCUCACUCCUCCAUGGGAGUCUACCAUCAAUGAUGGUGCCAGCUUCUUUCGCUUUUUUCACUUUGUGGGUCUGGGGCCUUUUCUUGCUGGUUGUCACUCCUCAAUGGGAGUCUACUGUUGAUAAUGGUGCCAGCUAUUUUCGCUCCAUGGGACUUUUUGAGAACAACUAUUUUUGCUUUUGAUGGCUGUUUAGAUAGCUUUUGCCCUUCUAUUAGAGUUUUGUUGAUUGUGUCUAAUGUAACUGAU